AUGUCUAACGAUAAACUACCCGUGUAUAUAAUCCCUGAAUUCUCGUCGUCGUCGUCGCCGUCAUCGUCUUUUGGCGGUUUUGAGUUUUUGGCUUCUGUUGCUCUUGCAGCCUUAGAAGAAGACACUGCAUCUUCUGCUGCACACACACGAAGAUAUAUUUGGAGAGAUCGACACUCGGAUCAUGAAAGAUUGAUGAACAUGUACUUUGUGGAUGAGCCGAUGUUUGAGGACGAUGUCUUCCGUACGAGAUAUCGUAUGUCGAGGAGGUUGUUUUUGAAAAUCGUGGAAGAUAUCACUGCAUCAUUUCCAUGGUUUUGCUCUUCGGCGAAUGCGGCGGGUAUUAGAGGGUUCUCGGCAAUUCAAAAGUGCACGUGCGCGCUACGGCAACUAGCGUACGACAACCUCGCCGACAACUAUGAUGAGGGGUUGUCGUUCUCUACUAGAACAACACGUGAGUGUCUAGACAAUUUUUGCAUCGCCAUAAAGUAUCUUUAUGGUGAAGAGUAUUUGCGUUAUCCGACUAGCCACGAUGUUGCGCUUUUAUAUGAGGCGCAUGAAGUCCGAGAUCAUUUUCCUGGCAUGAUUGGUAGCAUCGACUGUACCCACUGGACUUUGCGUGGGCAAUACCACCAGGGUGAUCAUGAACGCCCGACUAUAAUACUUGAGGCCGUUGCUUCCUAUGAUUUAUGGUUUCAACAUGCGUAUUUCGGUGUUUCAGGGUCAAACAAUGACAUCAAUGUUUUGAAGCAAUCGCCAUUGUUUAUUCCCGAAGUGAAUGGAAAGUCUCCCGAGUACGGCUUUACCGUAAACGGGCGCCGUUACAACAGAGGAUACUAUCUAGGGGGUGGUCUUGAUAGGGAAGGUGGUCACCAGAUCUUAGGGAUUGAAAGAUUGGUUAAUGGGUUGGAUAGGAAACUUCAAGAGUCCGCGAAAAAAGACGUUGAGCGAGCAUUCGGGCUUCUGAAGAACAAGUGGGCUAUCAUCGAUCGACCGACACGGAUGAGGGACAAAGAAAAGAUCACUAACGCGAUGUAUGCGUGUGUUUUUUUACAUAACAUGAUCCUCAAGGACGACAGCAACGCGAUAUCACCGGUGUACAUCAUGGAUCCUCCUAACGAUCUUUGUGCUACCGACCCUAAUUUUCUCUAUAACUUACGUAACGAAGAGACGCACGUGGGAGAUCUUCGUGAUAUUAUGGAGCACGUGGGAGAUCUAGAUAUCGAUGUUUAG